CACACAGAGGAGAUGCAACAAAUUCCUGAAAUUUACUUGCAGGUCCACGAAGCAGCAAUCUAUAAACACAAGCCUUCUUAUAAACCUAAGUCUUCAGGGAAGCAGACGAAGCCACGAUCAAAGAACCCAGUUCUCGUUGCUGUUCUGCCAAAGGCUCCAAUACAGUACUUCGAUGUAGUGGACAAGUCCUGGAAGUUGUUACCGGUUGCCACACCGCGAAUGGAGGCCACCCAUUGUUACUGUGCAGUGCCUGUUGGCAAUAAGUUGAUGGUUGCGGCACAUGACUCGCUCGGUAACUGCAUUUACCGUUAUGACACUGAGGUAAAUGUGUGGGAGAGACUCCAGUAUUUAGGUGAUCACAUCAACGAUCUGUGUGUUACAGAUGAGUAUAUGUAUGCAGUAGGUAUACGCGAUCAAAGUCCUCAAAGGUACAAUUUCGUUAAACGGGAAUGGCAGACAUUUCCUGGAGUACCCAAAAACUGUAACUUAAGUGGUGCAGUAGUAUUGAAUUCAAAAAUGUAUGUUCUGGAGAGAGAUAGGAACGAAAAUAUGAUGCCAGCCGUGUUACAUUGUUUUGAUCCUCAAAAGAAUAAAUGGGAAGAAAAAGCGAAAACAACCUCCUCCCAGCUGGGAUCCAUUCUUCUAGUAGUGAAAAGCAAACUCUACGUUGCUGGGAGAAGAUCCGAUACUACUACUAAUUAUCCAGCGUGGAAAUUUCUGCAUCAAAUUGUUGUACCUACAUGCAUAUCUGUAGAAAUGUAUAACGAAGAAACCAACACUUGGUCUGUUGUUGAACAACAAUAUAUUCCCGAUAACAAUCUUAACGCAGUGAAAAUAGAAGGGAGGGUGUGUUUUAUUAUCAAUAAAUUUCCAAUUGACAGUGGAAUAAGAACUGCACACGGGCGCCUGAAUUCUACUGUUCUGAACGAGUGGGAGAAUUUGGGAAAAAUAGAUCAAAAUGCAGCCCUUGGUUAUAUGGCGAUAAAGAGGUAAAGUGGGGACAGAAAACGAGUUUAGGGUGGUUCCUUGUUUGAUUUCUCUUUGUUACUUGCAGUGCGCAUUAGUUGAUGUUAUUUCUCGUGUAUAUUCAUUCAUUCGUCCAUGUUUUAGUGCACUUUUGAAAGGGAAAAUGGAUGACCAUGUGAAAACAUGCCUAUAUGCGAGAAAAGAAUAGAAAAGUGUGAAGCUAAAAAACGGUGUUGAAAGUCACAGUUUUAGAAAGGAACGUGGUACAUUGUGUGCUUGUGAGGAGACAUCGGCGUCAUAACAAGAAAAUACUCUCUCUUUAACCUGUUAAAGUAACCUGUUAGGUAAAGAAGUGGUACUUAUGGGUGAACAAUAAUCAAAACUAAAUGCAGAUCAUAUGUGGAGAGCGAGGCAAAUUAUGUGCUCGUUUUUCCCGUAAAUAGAUAAAUGUCUUAGAGGAUAAGGUGAAAAUAGUCUAUAUUAUGACCUGAGGAUGAUAACCAGUAACAAAAUGCAGGUCAACUGUAAUCAAAGAAAUUGCAGAAAAUCAAGCUUGAUACACUUCAGACAUCGGGCGGAUUCCAAACCGUUUCUCGCUCCCCACAUUUGCCUGAUAAUGAACUGAAAUAGUUUUCCAUGAAAAUCAUCAGAAAGUUAAAGCGCCAAAUAUAUAUAUCUUAUUAACUAAGCGCGAGGGCCGUACUGGCAGAAUAUCGGUCCGAGGUCUUGA